AUGCCCACUGUUGUCACCGUUCCGGACGAAUACGGCUACGUCCUCCUUGCCGCCACUUCUACCUUCUUCGUCAAUACCCUUCACGCAAUCCUGACGGUCACGGCUCGCAAGGCUGCUGGUCAGAAGUACCCCAUUGCCUAUGCCAGCAACGAAGUGGCUGAGAAGGACCGGAAGGCCUAUCUUUUCAACUGCGCCCAGCGCGCUCAUGCCAACUUUACUGAGAAUCUGACGCCCUUCCUCGGCGCUCUGCUCAUCGGUGGUCUCAAGUAUCCCGAUGCUGCUGCCGGCUUAGGCGCUACCUGGUCCCUCUGCCGCGCCGCGUAUGCCAUUGGCUACUCGAAGAAGGGCCCUGAGGGCCGUGUCAUUGGCGGCACUAUUGCUUCUCUGAGUGAUCUGAUCCUUAAGUUUAUGGCUCUGUCUGCUGGUGUUGGUCUUGCGCUGGGUUGGUAA